AGCAGGAACAGUAGUGUUCACACUGUAUCUCCGGCCACCUUCUCACCUGGGCAAGCAUCUGGGAGAGUAAACAAGGAGCAGCCAUGGAGAAGAGCUACAUGUCCGUGUUCCUGCUGCUUGUUGCCCUCUCUUGUGCUCUGGCUAAGGAUGCACUGAAGAAGGAGACAAAGGAGACCAAGGAGACUAAGCCAAAACUGCCACAGACACUCUCCAGAGGCUGGGGAGACCAGCUCAUCUGGACGCAGACCUAUGAGGAAGCCCUCUUCCGCUCCAAGACUAGCAAUAAACCCCUGAUGAUUAUCCACCACUUGGAUGACUGCCCACACAGUCAAGCACUGAAGAAGGUCUUUGCUGAACAUAAAGAGAUACAGAAAUUAGCUGAAAAGUUUAUUCUCCUGAAUCUUGUGUAUGAAACAACAGACAAGAAUCUCUCACCUGAUGGCCAGUACGUCCCUAGGAUUUUGUUCAUAGAUCCCACCCUGACUGUGAGAGCAGAUAUUACUGGAAGAUACUCAAACCGUCUUUAUGCAUAUGAGCCCUCUGAUAUUUCUUUGUUGUUCUCAAAUAUGCAGAAAGCUCUGAAGAUCCUGAAGACUGAACUGUAAGGGAAAGAAGGAAGCCCUUGAAUACCAGGAAGUCUGAUCUUCCAUCUCUUCUCCAGUCAUUGACACUGGUGAAGAGACUACUUAAGAUGGUUUUUAGUGAUAUAUAGUGCUGGUCUAUAUAUAUAUAUAUAUAAACACUAUGGUUUUACACUAGCACUUUUAUACUGGGUAGCAUUUCUAAAAGCUGGAGGCUUUUAAUUUUGAAGGCAUACAGCAUACUGUAUGAUCCAACUGUAAAAAAUUUUUUUUAAUAAAUCUAUUUCAAGUGUUUACAAAGAUG